AUGAAGUUCGUCGUGCUCAUUGCCUUUGUCUUGGCUGUCGCUUCGGCAACCUACAUUCCCGCAUCAAAACGGGUUCUGAGAGAAGCGGAAAAUCUUAGCGGACCUGAGCUGGUCGAAUAUGUGAACAACGUUCAAAAACUCUUUACCGUCAGCCUUUCUCCCCGCUUUGCGCAGUACCCUGAUGCUAUCAAGAGCCGUUUGAUGGGAGUGAAGCACGUAGAGAUCCCAGCUGAAGACAGAGUGAAUGAGAAAACACACGACGACAUCGACGAUGCCACCAUCCCAGACUCUUUCGACGCUCGGAAGCAGUGGCCCCAAUGCCCAUCGCUUCUCUCGAUCCGCGACCAAUCGUCCUGUGGAUCUUGCUGGGCAUUUGGUGCUGCCGAAGCCAUGACCGAUCGCAUCUGCAUCGCUUCGAAGGGAAAACAGCAAGUCACCAUCUCUGCUGAUGAUAUUCUUUCCUGCUGUGGAAUGAUCUGUGGAAAUGGAUGCGAAGGUGGCUAUCCUCUCCAGGCUUGGAAGUACUGGGUCAGAACCGGAAUCGUAACUGGCAGUAACUACACCAUGAAGGCUGGCUGCAAACCAUAUCCAUUCGCCCCAUGUGAGCAUCAUGACAACGCCACUCGCUUCCAGCCCUGUCCUGCCGACAUCUACCCCACGAACAAGUGUGAGCAUACAUGCCAAGCUGGUUAUCCAGUCAGCUACACCAACGAUAAGCAUUUCGGAUCCACCGCUUAUGCCGUUUCGAAAAAGGUCGCAGAUAUCCAAAAAGAAAUCAUGACCAAUGGACCAGUUGAGGUCUCGUACACUGUAUACGAAGACUUCGAGCACUACACUGGUGGUAUCUACGUGCACACCGCUGGCAAAGAACUUGGUGGUCAUGCAGUUAAGAUGAUCGGAUGGGGAGUUGAGAAUGGCACACCAUACUGGAUCUGUGCCAACUCAUGGAACUCCGACUGGGGAGAGAACGGUUUCUUCCGUAUCGUCCGCGGAUUGAACGAGUGUGGCAUCGAAUCUGGAGUUGUUGCUGGAGAGCCCAAACUCUAA